GAUUUGUUGACAGUUGGUGGCUGGUGUCAUCGUAAAGACACUGGGUCAUGGGUGCCAGCUGCAUCUAGUGACAUCAUUACAAAUACAGUAUGCUCAUUUUGAAUUCCAAAAGAAAUGACAAUAUCAAAUGCAAACUAUGCCCCUGGGAUGCUAGCUUCAGAUAUUCUCACCUGGUGAGGGUGGUGAAUGAGCUGUCCACAGAGAUUAUGCUUGCUAUAUAGCUACAGUAUUUUGAAACUAGGGCAUUGAUUAUUUACUUUAAAGAGUUUCUGGAAGAAUAUUAAAAUGGUUUUGACUAGGCACUCCAGGGGCGAAGAUGACACACCACCAAAGAAAAUGAAAGAGGAGGCUGAUGGCUCGGAAGAGCCGCAGGACGGGGACGGGGCUGAGCGGCGCCCGCAGCGGCAGAUGGCGGGACCGGCGGCCCGGCGUCAGACGCGCGGUCGGCCCGGCAGCCCCACCGCUGCCGCCUCCGGCUCGGCAGAUACCCUCGGCGGCGCCAUGGGUGUCUCGUGCUCCCACAGCCGACGCUCCCUGUCGCGGUUCAGCGACUCGUGGGACGGCGAGCGGCGCGACCGUGAGCUCAAAUUCACCGGCAGCCCGUUCCGCUCGUCACGUCAUCGGGUCAUCGAGCGGCUGCCGCCCUCCCGGCGCCGCUACAACGUCGAGUUCACCGAGAUUGAAGUGCGCCGCAGCGGCCGAAAGCGCAAGAUGAUGUACGACAACUUUAGCGACACGUGGAUCACCACCCAGAUCGCGCACUCGGGGCGCCAGCAGUUGGCUGGCGACGCGCCGCCACCGCCGCCGGCCAGGCCCAGGUCUGAGCCGUCGCCACCCACUCCUCCAGAUGAUGGGGAGGCUGAGCGGCGGGCAGAGCCCUCCAGCCGGCGGCGAGUGCUGCUGCCGCCCCUGCCAGAGGAUGACGGCAUGGACAUGUACUCCCGCGUGAAGCGCAUCCACCGUCCGGCGCAGCGUUUCGGCAUCACGGUGGAGGAGCCGGGCCCGGCGCGGCGCGUGCACCGGUUCGUGGGCGACUCCAGCAGCGACUCGGACGAGGAGGAGGAGGAGGUGGCCGAGGAGGCGGAGGACGCGGCCGGCCCGCCGCCGGGAGAGGAACAGCGCGGGGAGGAUCGGCCGCCCGAACAGCGACUGCGGCCCAGGGCGGCCCGCUCGGCGGCGCGAUCAGAGACCAAGGUCAUCAAAAAGUACUACCUGAGAGAGAACAGACGGGAGCCGGAGUUUUACCAGGACGAGUCUCUGCAGCUGCCACGCCCCCGCGAGCUGCGAGAGGAGCGCUUCGGGCACCCGAGCUGGCGCCGCCGCCGCCACCACCGCAAGAACUCGGCCUUCAACGAGAGCACAACGGACAGCAGCAGCGGCCGCGACAGCGGAGAGGACAGCUUCCAGCGGCGCAAGGCGCGCAGCAUGCAGGGAUUCCGCAACAAGUGUCUGCCAAUGAACUUUUCUCAGAGCGAGGCGAGCCAGAGGGCGGGCGGCUCCGAACGACAGCGCGUCGGGAACAGUCUGGCCGACGUCGACCCCAUGAGCAUCGACAGGACUGUGAACUUCGACACGAUCGGCGGUCUGAAGGAGCACAUCCGCGACCUGAAGGAGAUGAUCCUGCUGCCGCUGCUGUACCCGGAGGUGUUCAGCAGCAAGAACAUCACGCCGCCCAAGGGCGUCCUCUUCUGCGGACCGCCAGGCACCGGCAAGACGCUGAUGGCCCGGGCGCUGGCCAACGAGUGCAGUGUCGGAGACCGUAAGGUGGCCUUCUUCAUGCGCAAGGGCGCCGACGUGCUGAGCAAGUGGGUCGGCGAGAGCGAGCGUCAGCUGCGCCUCCUCUUCGAUCAGGCGUACCAGAUGCGGCCUUCCAUCAUCUUCUUCGACGAGGUGGACGGCCUGGCGCCGGUGCGCUCGUCCAAGCAGGACUACAUCCACGCGUCCAUCGUGUCCACACUACUGGCGCUGAUGGACGGCGUGGACUCGCGCGGCGAGGUGAUUGUGAUCGGCGCCACCAACCGGCCCGACAGCGUGGACCCGGCGCUGCGCCGACCCGGCCGCUUCGACCGCGAGUUCCACUUCCCGCUGCCGCCGCUCGAGUCGCGAGAGCAGAUCCUGCGCAUCCAGCUGGGCUCCUGGCGGCCGCCGGUGCCCGAGCCGACCGUGUGCUGGCUGGCGCGCCAGACGGCCGGCUACUGUGGCGCCGACCUCAAACACCUGGUCACAGAGGCGGUGCUGCACGCGCUGCGCGAGCGCUACCCGCAGAUCUACGGCAGCAAACAGCGCCUGCUUAUCGACGUCGACCAGAUUCAGGUGCAGCCGUCUCACUUCCGUGCGGCGAUGGCGCGGAUGACGCCGGCCGGUCAGAGGGACCGGACCGAGGAGCGCCGCCUGCUGCCUGCCGCCGUCCGUCCCCUGCUGGCCGCUCCGCUGGCCGCGGCACGCGCCGCACUCCGCACCGCCUUCCCCUGGGGCUACAAACAGACUGCCGCCGAGCUCAGCCGUGCCGAGGCCUACAUGCCGCGUCUGCUGCUGGCCGGCCGGCCGGGACAGUGCCACACUGAGUACCUGGCGCCGGCGCUGCUGCACGGCCUGGAGAACGUCCGAGUCUUCACCUUCAACGCCUUCUCACUGCACGCCAGCGGCGGCGACCCGCUCACCACGCUCUCACAGCUGCUGUCGGAGGCGGCGCGUGGCACGCCGUCCGUGGUGUACCUGCCGCGACUGGACAGUCUGUGGACGUACCUGGCCGGCCGGCUGGGUCUGCGCGAGCCGCUGCUGGACCUGCUCAGAGACCUGCCGCGGCGCGCGCCACUCCUGCUGCUGGCCACCAGUGACACGGAGCCCGAGACGGGCCGGGUGCCCGGCGAGGUGGCCGCUCUGUUCAGCGCCGCUCGUCAACAGCUGCUGACAGUGUACGACCCGAGCGUCGAGCACCGCCGCCAGCUCUUCACCCGGCUCUUCAUGAAGAGGGCCAUCAUGCUGAAGAAGAGGAAAAACAAACACGUUGUGCCAGAGGAGCUGCCGGUGGCGCCGCCGCCACCGCCGCGUCAGCUCAGCGAGUCGGAGCUGCAGCAGCUGCACCGCCGGGAGGAGCGCAGGCUGGCCGAGCUGCGCAUCUUCCUGCGCGAGAUGUGCGGCAGGCUCAUCCGCAACAGACAGUUCGAACUGUUCCGCCAGCCUGUCGAGGAGGAUGAUGCGCCUGACUACUACAGCAUCAUCGAGCGGCCCAUGGACCUGGACACCAUCAUGACGCGCAUCGAUCAGCAUAAGUACGAGGCGGCCGAAGACUUCCUAGGUGACGUAGACCUGAUCUGCACCAACGCAUUGGAGUAUAACCCGGAUACGACCGAAGUUGGACGGGAGAUACGGCACCGCGCGUGCAUGCUGAGGGAUCAGGCGCACAAGCUGAUUGCAGAGCAGCUCGACUCCGACUUUGAGGAGCAGUGUAAGAUGAUCCGGGAGAGUCGCCGUCAGCGUGCCGAAUCGCCCACCAAGUUCGCGCCCAGCUACUUGGUUACGCCGCGGCUCUACCAGCAGCAGCAGCAGCAGCAACAGCAAGUCGUCCAGAGCGGCGGACCGGCGGCCGCCGCCGAGUCGGCCACACCCUCUGCCCGGCGUCCGCACCGCCGCCACAGUCGCUGGAGCCAGGGCCAGGUGCGCAGCCGAAAACGGAAGCGGCCCGAGCGCGACUCGGGGGCGGGAGGCGCGGAGCCGGAGCGGCCCGAGUCGGGCCGCGAGCGCCGGCUGAGCGGCGAGCUGGCGCUGGCCUGCGCGGGCCAGUCGCCGCCGGCGGAGGGCGGCCCGUCCCCCGGACAGGAGGCGGUAGCAGCCAAAGCGGCGCCGCCGGACGAGGACAGUGGACACGGCUCCACGGCCGCCGCCAGUGACGAACAGCUCGGCAAGGUGGCCGCCGGGGUGCAGGUGGACCGCGCCCGGCUGCUGGCGCUGUGUGAACGCUCCGUCUCGCUGACGGCCGGCUGGACAGUGGCUGAGCUCGAGGAGCUACACGACCGGCUGGCCGCCACCGUUAGGCGCUUCGCCUUUAGAAGACAACGCAACGAUAUGCUCAAGGAAAUGGAAGACAUUUUGGGGUACUACUAACUCAACAGACACUGCCAGAGAAUCAAAACACAACGCACUGCCAGAACACAGCUCAGACCAAAUAACGUUCCCGUGCUCUCUGAUUCCGUGCCGCAGACUCGCCCGGUCGCGCUCAGGUGUUUAGUGUGCUUAGUUGAUACAGCUGGGGAGCCAGAGUCGUUGGCGAUCACCCGUACAGGGUGGGCGCCACCCUCAGUGUGACAGCUGUAACCGACCCGGAUCUCGUCAGCAGGUUACAUUUUAACGGGGCGAUUACCGCCGGCUUCUUAAUCUGUCCGUGAGGCCGCAAAUAAUUGUGUUCAGACACACGCAUGGAUGGCGUAACGUAGAGAGAGGGGAGGGGACUGGGUGGGAGAUUGAUUUGGAGGGGGGGGGGGGGUAACUCAAUCGGCGCGUUCGCUCCGCUCGAGGUCGUCCGAUAACAUUUACUGCCAGACUGCUCUCCAUCGGGGUACUUUGGUUGGGAGCGGAGCUCACGCCUUUGUUUUCGAAGAGCCUUUUGUCCUUACAUUUGGUACUACAAUAAACGUAUUUACA